AUGUAUUCGGGCAUGUCUCAAUCUCACCCAUUUACGUUCUUGCAGCACUAUCAGCCGAGUUCAGGCUCACGGUGUCAUCGCUUCUUCUGGCGUGAACCACCUUACGUCCUCCUUCUCCACUGGAGGUUCUCAGCGACCGCCGAGAAAAUCGUCGCCGGGCAUACAAGCUCGUCAGCAAUAAGCCGGCGCCAAGGAAUUCCGAGCAAAGAUUCAGAUCAAGUGUCCGAUUCGUCUGGUGCGUCAAGUCGGAGUGCCACUCAAACAAAAGGCUUCGUACGCGGAGAAUGCCGCGUUGGCCUCGGAGUUGGCCGAACAGGACAAGUUCCAACGGGACUUGGAGCGGCGAAUGCAAGAGAUGGAGCAGCUGAUGCUGCGAACUCAAGCCCAGACGCCGCAGCCUCAGCCUCCGCCUCCGCCACUACCACCGUAACCGAGCACUCCUCCGGCUCCCGAUGUCGAGAUGGACGCCGAGGAAGUGCUCGACGCUUUCCAUGA